AUGAGGACCCCCCCCCCACGCGUUGGGGGCGAAAACUCGCUCGAAAGUGAUUGCGAGCAAGAAUACAGCCAAGCCGACAACGCGCAAGACCUAACCGAACAAGAUCCAGGCCAACCGGGGCUUUUUGAUAAUGACAGCAGGGACGAAGAAGACAAUGAUAAUCCCUUGUAUAUACCAGAGGAGGAAGAAGGAGAGCGUGUUGUGCAAUCUGCGAUUCCAACUUGUCAAGAGCGUCAGCGGUUGCAAAGACUGUUCCUCCAUGGGGAUUGGAAGUCACCGACCAAUGCUAGACCUCUUGUCCAGGAAGCCCGCAACAGGCUCAAGGAAUUCCCUUUGUUGGCCCGUGAACUAUUCGAUGCAGACCUGGGAAGCUUGUUUAGUGAUGAAGUUCUCCCAAUAACAAUUUUCUUGAGUGCUGGUUGGUUAGACUGGGGUACCUUCGAUGCUGUUUAUAAGCUCUUUCCAGAAUGCUUAGAUCGGUGGUGUGAUAUUGACGAAGAUGAAGAUUAUCCACCAUGGUACUCUGCCUGUAAAUCGGAGGUGGUCGGAUUAUCCAAGGAAAUCAUGACGUUCCUCUUCACAACUGGAUUUGGCCCUUCUGCACGAACAAGGGCCAUUGGCACUAAGUAUCUGUGUGACUUGUACAUCCACCAUGCCUUGUCAAAGGAACGAAGCAAAACAGAAUACCAAACAAUGGUGGAAAUACUUGACAUCCUUUGGGCAGAUCGUACAAAAUGGAAUACCCUUUUGACAGAGGCUGUGGCAGCCAACUGUGAUGUCUUCAUCGAAUACAUCUUGUCCAACUUGCAAAGCGAAAAGCUGUCCUUUCGAUUCCAGCCAAGGCGGUUGGAUAUGAGAGCAGCUCAAGGAUUAGAAAAAGUGCUUCCGAAGCUGAAGAUGUUGGACAUCCCAUUUUUUGGGGGGCAGAUUGCUGAUGAAGAUGCGUGUCUGCACGUUGUGACGGCUUUACAAGGUGCAAAUCUUUCAGUAUUGGCUCUCAAGAACGAGGAUGAAGAUAUCAUACCUGAGGAGGGUGAUGCUAUCGAGCGGAAAGCAUCGGCGCUGGAGGCAUUGAUGUUAAAUACUCGUUCACUGGAAUCCCUCACUGUUUCUCGUACACAAGUUUCAAUCUUUGACGAUGAUCCUGCUGUUCCGGUGCAAUACCUUGAUGCUGUGACAACCGGAGUGAAGCACAACCAACACAAUUGCAUCACCCAUCUGUCCCUCUCCAACCUCGAUGAUCUAUCCAUUGAGCGAGUAGGAGCUCUGUUUCGGACUGGAGCGCCCAAAAUAUAUCCAGGAUCGGACUACAGGCCAGACAGUCCCGCAGCGGUGAAAAGGCGUCGCUGA